CAUUCAGUGCGUUGGUCAGAUACGCCCUGCCAAUCCUGUUGAUAUUAUGCCUCGUCUCGAUAAUGAUCAACGUGCGAGUACUGAUCGCAGUGCGAUGGAUCCGUCGGCCGUUGUCACCGACACUUCACAUCAGUCUGAGUCUCGCCGCCGCCGACGCCUGCACAUCGACAUUAAUCGGUGUCGGUUUGGUCAUCAACAGCUACCUGCCACACCUGCACAACAUCGAAUUGUGUCACAUACAAGUAUGGCUGGAGAUGUAUCGCCUCAGUGGUAUUAUCAUCACAGUUUUCCAUCUCCUGGCUCUCAGCAUCAAUCACUGGCUGGGGAUACUAAAACCAUUGCAUUAUACAACUAUAGUGACAUCGAAAAAGAUAACUAUCGUCACGGUGAUGUUGUGGGUGGUUCCAAUCGCGUUCUUCAUGACGUACUUCCUUACCGAGAGGAACUUCUGGCAGACAUGUCCAAUUACUGACAAUUCCUUCGACAAGGUCAAAUUUCGAAUUGUAUUCAUAUCGUUCUUCGUGGUGCCGCUCAUCAUGAUGAUAUAUUUCUACUCGCACAUUUUGUAUAUUGUGCGCAGGCAGCAGAGAACAUGGGCGACACUGUCGCGAUCUGGAAGUCAGCGUAGUCGAGGGAUGACCAGAGCCAGCACCCAGCAGCGACGCACAAUGGAGGGCAACGUGAAAGCUGUUUAUACAACAUUGUUGAUUCUCGGCUCGUUCCUCGUCGGCUGGCUUCCAGCCGUGACGAUUUUCGUGUUGAUUUGUGCGGAUGGUUGCGUGUUUGCAACGGAUAAAUUCGCGCAGGAAGUCGGACUCCUGAUGCAAUUCGUCAUUGGAUGGCUGAGCAACAUAUUGAUUAUUUUAAAAACUGUUGCUAAUCCGAUUAUUUACUCCGCCAGAAUGAUUGAAAUUAAAGACGGAAUGCGUCGGAUGGAAUUAGCCCUAUCUCGGAUGUUUUGCAAUUCGAAUCGUCGAGAUCGUUACACAACGAACCUCCAUCAGCCGCUCAACUUCGGUUGUAGUGCGGGGAGCGGUAAUGCAAACAUGACGGCGUUGUGCCGCCUCAACGGCAGCGUCACGACGCGCCGCAGCGGGCGCUCAAAUUACCCAAACACUUUGGUGUAAUUAACAACAAUAUCCUCUUAACGCCGGACGGGGACGAAAAAAAAUACCUUGGAAAAUGGUCCAGCUAAUACACCUAGAUUCAGCUGGUAUAGUUUCCGCAACAAAAGCGGGGCAUUAUUUGUUCUUAGAAACCAUUCCUACGCGAAUAAACAAAAACAACCUAUAGUAUUGUGAUUUGUGGCGUAGCGUAUCAUAUACGGAACCUUACGAUCCAAAAGUUCCAUUUCUUGCGUCGCAAAAGACAAAUUUUUAAAUAAAUUUGAAACCUCUUUGAUCCAAAUAUUUGAAAAUUAAACCUGUUUCCUCAUGAAAGGUGAGAGAAGAGGGUCCAGAAGUCUUUAUGGUAGCUACGCCACUGAUCAGGAGUAUCACGUCAACAUGCUGUAUUGUUUACAUACAUCAUAUUAUAAGUAAAUUAUUUGUAUAUUUUUCAAAUGGCGAUCAAAUAAAUAAAUAUUUAUUUUAUAACACCGUCUUUACAACGUAG